AUGGCGCAACCCGGAGCCCCUCCCGCUCCGACCGAGGAGCAGCUGGCGAUAGCCGAUGCCAACUUCCAGGCGGUGCCGCUGGCAAUCGACUCGGAGAGCGGGACGCUGCAGAGCCCCGUGCCCGGGCUGGACCUGACGAUCCUCAACGCCCUCAUCCGCUCGGUGCGCGGCCUGCCGCCCAACGUGCCCUUCCCGCCGCCGCCCAACGUGGUGCCGCCGCAGCGCUCCAUGGCCAUCAACCAGGCAAAGGAGCAGGGCAACGCCGCCUUCCGCAAGCAGGACUGGGCAGAGGCCAUACGCAUGUACACCCUCGCCGUCGACGUCGCCGCCAGCCGCCCGCUCUGGGAGGCCAACCAGGUCGCCCGCGACGAGCUCAGCCUCUGCCUCGCCAACCGCAGCGCCGCCUUUUUCGGCUGCGGCGACUACAUCGGCGCCCUCUGCGACGCAGACGCCGUCGUCAAGCUCAAGAAGCCCUGGAGCAAGGGCCACUACCGCAAGGGAAAGGCGCUCACCGCCCUCAAGCGCUACCAAGAGGCCAGGGACGCCUACGAGCUCGGCCUCCAGUUUGACCCCGACAAUGCCGACCUCAAGCAAGCCGUCAACGACCUGCCCACCGGCAUCGCCGCCGAGUGA